AUGUCUUACGAAGUCAAUGACUUGUUCAUUUUUAACUCUAGUACCAGACAACAGAGCAGUGAACGGCUAACCCCACACAAGCUGACCAUUAUGGCUCUAGUCUACCACUACCAACAGCUGUGUGCCCUGCAAGACAAGAUGGAUGACACCAGCCCUGACCCAGAUCGUCUUCUCACUGAGAAGGAGAAGAGAGUCUUCAUGGUGACACUGCUAAAUCUUCUUCAGAGUCCAGACAUGGAUCUGAAGACACUGAGACUACAAAUCGAUCAUGUGCUCAAACCAGCAAUUCUUGAGGCUGUUUAUGAAUUGUUACAGACCAUCUCUGAAGACAGUGUGAUGCCCAUUAAUGACUUCUUUGAUAAUGUCAGCACACUUUUAACCUCAUCUGACAAGGAUGCUGUCAUCAGACGUGAAAGCAUUAUGGGUAUUUACAUCAGACGAAUGGAGCUUGCCUACAAUGAAAUGUCAUUUAGCCAAAUUGUGGAUAUGUUUAACAAGAUCAGGCUGUACUAUCGAGCAGGAUUUCCAGAACGUAGAGAACAUUCCGGGCACUCAUCCUGGAGGAAACCUCACACACUUGGGAUCUCAGAGGCUGCUUUGAGCAUGUCUCAGCUGGAAGAUAACUCAGCAGUGGAAUCUCUCAGCAAGCAAAGCUUAUUUUCGAGAAAACAGGCCGAAUAUUUCAUCGCCCAUCAGGCACUGCCACCCGAUCAACUACAGCAGAAAAUCUGUGACAUCCUGGCAGCGAAUCCUGACCUGGCAGAGGCAUAUUUCCUCAGCUACAUGAACAACCUGAGACUGAAGGAGUAUUGUACCGCCUUACAUAACCUCUACCACUACUUUGAUAGAAAAGCAUGUGCACACAGCGAUGGCAGCAACUCCAAUAAGAAAAAGGCAGCUUCAGACGAGGUGGCUAUGAGAUAUGCUGCUCUAAAUCUGGCCUCACUCCAGUUUCGAUUUGGAAAUAAGGACGAGUGCAGAGCUGCCCUAAAGGAAGCUAUUCGUCUGGCCCAGGAGAGCAACGACCAAGUCUGUUUACAGCAUGCACUAGUGUGGCUCAAUUUGUUGGGUGACAACCACAAAGGAGUGUCGGAGCUUGAGAGGUCCAUCAAGAAGACCAUUGAUCUGUCUCUUCCAAAUCUGACUGUUCUAGACUUGAACUGGAUUAGUAAAGAUCUCGGCAUGGCAGCAGAGACACCAGCCAGGGUCAUCUACUACUUCACACAGAGUAACCUCAUCAACUGUAUGCACUCCAACUACAAUAUGAUGUCUUCCGGCUGCAUCCAGCGGGCAGCCAUGUGGCACUAUUACGGAAAGAGAGAGUUGUGUUCCUUGGACAGCCAGAUUGUUCUCAACUUAAACACCAAACUGAAAGGGGUCUAUUACAAUGGCCAGGCUGUUUGCAUUGCCAUGUGCAACUUGGCACAGCAGCAUGCAGAUUUAGGCGACUACACUGCAGCAGCGGAGAUCUUCAACCAGGCCAAGCUGCGGUUCCCACAGAACACAUCCCACGCUGAGUUGUGGCAGUCAUGCCAGCAGAGGAUACAGUUUGACCGGGCCAUUUACAACAGGAGGCUCAAUGAAGCCGAACAGAUCCUGACCAAUCUUCAGGCCGUUGAUGAACUCGAGGCUAAAAUACGGAAACCAAUUCUGCUGCGGGAACAAGGCCAAGUCACUGAUGCAUUUGCCAUUUUGGGCCAGCUUCUGGCAGAAUGUGACAAGGAGAAGAAGACUUAUUUUGCUGACUUUAUGUGCAGAGUGUUACUGGAAAUAGCACAACUGUACGUCGCUACUGGCAACCACAGUUCUGCCAUCCCUUACAUCACAGACUGCAUAGCGCAUGCAAAAAAGCAUUAUCUGCAGUUGUACGGGGCAUUGGCCAUUGUCUGUUUAGCUUUUAUACAGCUGCACAUGAACCUACCAGAGCAAGCCACAAGACUGAUCGAAUCUCAACUGACCCGCAUUCUGACCAAUGCGACUGCCUACGACAAAGCCAGGGUGUUGUAUGUGUAUGCAAAAUGUAAAGUUGCCGCAGCGAAGACAUCAAAUGCCACUUUAGCCAGCGUCAAAACAGAAAUGAUUUCAGCAUUGGAGGUCCUCUCUACAGCCACUAGUCUGUUUAAGGCAGUCGAGGCCCACAUCCGGGAGAAAGACGCCAUUUACUUCCAGGCGGUUCUCUACCAUGACUUGAACAACACUGAAGACAGAAACCGAUGUGCUCAUCAGUUCAAGACUUUGGAUAAGUUGUACCCAACAUUGAGUUCUCUUAGUUUGAAUGUUGUAUGA